UGUCAAUUUAUUUACAGUGGAAAGUAAAAGGAGAUGGGUGUGUUUGCUUUGUGUUUAUUUAGAACAAAAUUAGUUAAUUAGAUAAAUAUCGUAAUUUGUAGUUUUAGAAAGGGAUUUUACUCUUAAAUUACAUUAAUUAGUGUAGGCGUGUAAAUAGUAUUUCCUAAUUCGACAUCGUAAAUAUCGAAGGUUGUGUUUUUCUAAUUUAAAUCAAAACAUAAUUAUCUCUAGCGGACAAUUAUUUACAUUUGGAGUGUUGUUUUCAACCGAGUGAUGUGUUUUGUUGAAUUCGUAAAUAGAAUUAAACAGUUGAGCGCUAAUUAUAUUUUGAAUGGGAUAAUUUACGAUAAUGGCUGUGCGUGCAAAUAAUUUGGAAACAGAACAUGGAAGUGGUGUCUGAAUUUAAAAAGCGUUCGAAAUUCGAAAGUGCAGGAUGUCCUCGCCAUGCCAAAAAGGCGGGAUGCGGCUCAGCGAAGCGCUGGACAAUAUGCAACUCGCUUAUAAUCCCAUCACAAAACAACUACAUUUCGUAAGUCCGAAAGUCGAAAAACCCGCGGAGGAUAUCCCGGAUGACAUUGACAAACUUUCGAAAAAAAGUAGUUUCAGUGAUGAGGGAAAUUAUUCCUUAUCAACAUGUGAGAAAAGUGAUACAAGUGAUUCUCCAAAGAGUACUUUACAGUGGGGUGGUAGUGUGAGUGGACACCAAAGAGGGAAAGAUGGAGGGUCUUUUUCAAGUACCAUAUCCAGUCUGUCCGAGUGUUCACUGGGAUCUAGUGCAUCUAAAGAUGAUGAUUUUGAGACAACAGCGGAACAUGAUCAAGCCAAGUUGAAGAAAAAAGGACUGUCUGGAUUCUUCAGCCGGGGGGUUUUCCCUUGGAAAAGCUCAUCAUCGUCAUCUCCAAAGACCGACACUGAGAAGAUUCCUUCAGGGGUGUCAUGGCGGAUCUUCGGAAGCAAGUCCAGUGGGAACCUUGCAGCCAAGACCUUAACUGCUGAAGUGCAGAAGUCCCUAACACCAGUGUCUUCAGGGGCCAACACUCCUCACCACCACAAGAGGCAAGGCAGCUCGGCGAGUGAGAAGCAGUUCGAGGAUCUGGUCGCCAGUUCAAUUGCCUUGAUUCAGCAUGAUAGACCAUCAAACCUACCAGCGAAGUGCACAGAAGAAGCGUUAAGACACAAAGCAGAACAUGCGCGUAUGGUGGAAGCGGCGAGGCGGCGCGUCGAAAAGGAAGCAGCGGUCAGGCAUGCGCGGUUGCAGGAGUCACUGCGAUUGGAAGAGAGACUAGCAAGGCAUGCGCGCGAGUGGACGCAGAAUAUACUGCCUGACUGGAGUAACAUGAAGAAUGCAAAACGCACUUUAGAGCUGUGGUGGAGCGGUCUUCCCCCAUCCAUCAGAGGGCGAGUGUGGCAACUGGCAAUAGAGAACAAACUCAAGAUAUCAGAAGAUUUGUAUCAAGACUACGUAGCCAAAGCCAAACAGAAACUACACGAAGCACAGCUAAGAAGGAAACGGUUAAAAAUCAACAACAAUACAUGCUGUUGUAAGAAAGACAAAGAUAACGAAUCUAAAUGUGCCGAAAAAGUUGUUGUCAACGGAGAAAAGGUAGAAAGUGAAAAAGCUUCCGCGAGCAGUGAAACAGUUGAGUGCAACACUGAAAAAAUAGGGUCUACGAGUGAAAAAGCGGCAAGUAGUGAAAAGACUGACAAGAAACAAGAGAAAUCUAAAACCGACGAAGUGAUUGAAGAUAAACCUCGUUUAGGAAUGCCAAGGAACUUCAGUGAACAGAACCUUAAAUCUCAGGAUAAGAAAGAUAACGAAGGACCAAAGAAGUGUUGUUCGAAAUCCAACCCUAAUCUGUUAGAUUACAGUGAUGAAUGUUCCAUGGAGCUGAUUCAGCUAGAUAUAGCCAGGACGUUUCCGCAUCUGUGUAUAUUUCAGCCUGGAGGACCGUAUUUUGAUGUUCUUCACGAGCUUUUGGCUGCUUAUGUGUGUUAUAGGCCAGAUAUUGGUUACAUACAGGGUAUGUCGUUCAUAGCAGCGGUACUCAUCUUGAACAUGGAGGCGCCGCAAGCGUUCGUGUGCUUCGCCAACCUGCUGGAUGGGCCCGUGCUGCGUGCCGCCUUCACCAGGGAUGGCGCUGCCAUGCAGCGACUAUGGAAAGCGUAUACAACCCUCCUCCGACACAACCUACCGUCGCUAGCAGAUAUUGUAGCACCAGAGCUAUACUUGUUGGAGUGGUUGUACACAGCAUUCGCGAAGGCCAUGCCUUUAGACGCCGCUUGCCGGGUGUGGGACGUGUUUCUAAGAGACGGGGAUACCUUCUUGUUCAACACUGCUCUAGGAAUCCUGCAUCUAUACCAAGACGAACUCAAAGACAUGGACUUUAUAGCGGCAGCGCAAUUCUUAACCAAGCUGCCGGACGAUUUGGACCCAGAGGCGUUAUUUAAGAGUAUAUCCUGCGUGAGUAUGACGUAUGACGGGAUGUCCUUCGAGGAGCUGGCCAUGUGUGCUGGGGGGAGCCUGGACGACGACGUCACAGUCAGGUUAUGACGCGCUAUUUGGUUGCUCGGGUAUAAACUCGGGUUAUAGUAGAUAGUCUGUAGUGUUCGCUAUAACCCAGUUCAGUGGUUCCUAAUUCUUCCUAUAUACCAUUUAAAGAGUAAAUGGAAGUGAAUCAGGUAAAAGAGACCGUUCAAUUUUAAAGAAUGAAUUCAAACUGCGUAAUUAUAAAUUCACAAUUCGGUAUGUAAUAUUUUUUAAACAUUUUUAAAUGGAAGAUUAUCUUAUUAAAAAGAUCUAAUUUGAAUAUUUUUGAGUUUCAAGUAGUAGUAAAUUUUUAAUAUUUUUUUAAAAACAUUUAAAGAGCUUGUAUGACAUUUCGUAAACAGGCAAUUUUUGACGUAAUUUAAAGGUCACGUGAAGGUUAGACGUUA